AUGGCUCUGUUCCCCGGAGCGGUGGCCUUUGACGAGUAUGGUCGUCCAUUUAUCAUUUUGAGGGACCAAGAUAGGCAGAAACGGCUUACCGGUAUCGAUGCCUUGAAGUCCCACAUUUCAGCAGCCCGGCAGAUUGCGAGCAUUCUCCGUACCUCCCUGGGUCCCCGUGGGCUGGAUAAGCUCAUGGUAUCUCCGGACGGUGAUGUCACAGUCACUAACGAUGGAGCCACCAUCUUGAAGUUGAUGGAUGUAGAGCAUCAGAUUGGCAAACUGCUGGUACAGUUGGCCCAGAGUCAGGAUGAUGAGAUCGGUGAUGGUACUACCGGAGUCGUCGUGUUGGCUGGUGCCCUUUUGGAGCAGGCAUCCAACCUCCUUGACAAGGGUAUCCACCCCAUCCGUGUAGCGGACGGCUUUGAAAUGGCCGCUGCAACUGCGCUGGCUCACUUGGAGGGCAUCAGUGAAGCUUUCCCUGUCAACAAGGAUACCAGGGAGCACCUGAUCAAGGUUGCCAUGACAACGCUGGGCAGUAAAGUGGUUGUGAAGUGCCACCGUUUGAUGGCUGAGAUUGCAGUUGAUGCUGUUCUCUCGGUAGCUGACCUGGAGAAAAGGGACGUGAACUUUGAACUGAUCAAGGUGGAAGGCAAGGUUGGAGGUCGCAUGGAAGAUUCCAUGCUGGUCAAGGGAGUCGUCAUCGACAAGACCAUGAGCCACCCGCAGAUGCCUAAGACUUUGAGGGACGUGAAGCUGGCGAUCCUGACAUGUCCGUUCGAGCCCCCCAAGCCUAAGACCAAGCAUAAGUUGCACGUCGGCUCAGCGGACGAGUACCGCGAGCUGCGUCAGUAUGAACACGACAAGUUCUUGGAGAUGGUGCAUAAAGUUAAGGAUGCUGGUGCAACCCUCGCCAUCUGUCAAUGGGGCUUCGAUGACGAGGCGAACCAUCUUCUCCUGGCUGAAGGUCUCCCAGCAGUGAGAUGGGUGGGAGGUCCAGAGAUGGAGCUGAUCGCCAUCGCCACCGGUGGACGCAUCGUGCCCCGUUUCGAAGAGCUGACUCCUGACAAACUUGGCUCUUGUGGAUUGGUCAGGGAACUGACGUUCGGUACAUCGAAGGAAGAGAUGUUGGUGAUCGAGGAGUGUUCGAACAGUCGCGCGGUGACAGUGUUGAUGCGCGGCGGCAACCGCAUGAUCGUGGACGAGGCCAAGCGGUCCGUGCACGACGCGCUCUGCAUCGUGCGCAGUCUUGUACAGGACUCCCGCGUAGUGUACGGCGGUGGUGCAGCAGAGAUAUCGUGUUCUCUGGCAGUGGCGCGCGCGGCGGACAAGUUGUCGUCUCUCGACCAGUACGCGUACAGAGCAUUCGCAGACGCACUCGAGGCUAUACCACUCGCACUCUCUGAGAACAGUGGCCUGUCCCCUAUUGACACGCUGUCGGAGGUGAAGUCUCGUCAGGCAUCCGAGAACAACCCCAACCUCGGCAUUGACUGCAUGGGCAAAGGAUCAAACGACAUGAAAGCAAUGAACGUGAUAGAGUCGCUUCACUCAAAGAAACAACAGAUUUCCCUCGCUACACAACUCGUCAAGAUGAUACUCAAAAUUGAUGACGUGCGCUCACCAGCAGAAUCUAUUGAGUAA